GAAACCCGAUUUGAUUUAAAAAAAAAAAAAUACUUGAAAAAGAGCACCUAGCGGAACGAGACGACGAACCCCACCGAUCGAUCUGGUCGCCUGAAUCUCUCGACGCCGGCAGCGACUUCGCCGGAUUCCAUACAAGCAUUUCCUUCCUUAUUUUUUAUAGCAUCGGUGAUCUCCUUUCUUCACCGCUUCCAGCUGCGUCCCGAAUUCUUCUGCUCAUGUUUUCAUGGGUCGGAAUGACCUAGGGUGUGGGUACCGCGGCUCUGCCAUUUCCGGCGGUGGAGCUUCUGAUGUUCGAUUUGUUUCCCCUGUCCCUCCUUUCGCCGCUCUCGACCUUCCUUCGGUUCUGGCUCCCGGGGAGUAGUCGACGGCCGCCGGGCUCUCAAAACCCCGUCUUGCGAAUGCGAGGAAGAAGCGCGCAUCCUCCCGUGUGAGGAUGGAUGUGAUUUUGGACACUGAGGAUGAAACAGGGUUCAAUCCCUUUCGUUACGGUGCGGCAGUUGCUGCAUCGGAUGCUCCCGGGCCGAAUGAGUUUGGAGGAACGCACAGGCAUCAGGAGAAGUUCAUCAAGCCAUUUCAUGCCAAAGAGGAGGAGAAAGUUUCAGAGAAUUCGGAAUCAGGUGAGUUUGAGUCUUUGAAGCAUGGAGUUGAUGCUGGUGGUUUUGUCUUUUGGAAUGGCACGAAGACAAGCUCCAGGUUGGAGCAGAGCACCGAAUAUUGUGCUUCGGAGCCGGAGCAUGGUGAUUUUGAGUCUAAUCCAACAUCCAGAAAUUUAGGAGCUGAGAAUACUGCAUUUAGCCAUGACAGAAGUGGUUGUGAUUCUGCUGCUGAUAUAUUCCUGCUUGGGAGGGAAUUGAAGGAAGACACUAGUUCCAGUCAAACUAUGCCAGUGGUUGAUCCAAAUUUUGGUAAUUUCACAUCAACUAAAUCUGAAAGUUCUGGAUUUGAUUUUGGUGCUGAAUCGUCAGCAAAUUUCAAUUGGGAUAAUACUGGGGAGCUGAGUAAGAAGGGCAGUUUGGAUACGUUUUCAUUAGUCGACAGCAAGGAGAAAAGUUUGAAACCUAAUUUGACUACUGAGAGUUUUGGCAAUCUAGAUUUUGGUAGUUGUCAGUUAGGGAAGUAUAAAAGUGCUCCAUUUGCCGGAGAGGUAAUUAAUAGUUUUAAAAGUGAAAGACCUAAUAAACAAUCAAGCGAAACAUCUUCCUUUGCGGAUAGAACGCCCAUGCAUUCUGAUUCAAUAGGUCUGAGCACAGGUGAUACCUUGAAUUGUGGCAAGCUGCUGAAUCCUGGGGUUCCAUUUGUAAAUAGUUUUGUACCUAGAAAGCUUGAAAACACCUUUGUUUUUGGGACAAAUUCAGCAAGCAAUUCAGAUUCAAAAGAUAGUGUUGCUAAGAGCAUUAGACAACCUGUAAAAAGUGGAAUUUGUGAUGAUUUUUCUUCCAUAUUUAAUAGUAGGGUGCGUAUUUGUUCUAAUUCAGCUGAUAGUUCUUUUAAAGCUUCUGAUAGUCCUUCAUUCUCUAGUCUUCAUGAUCAAAUGGAGAAGCUGAAUUUGCAAAAUUCUGAUGAUGCUAUUCUUUUUGAAAGGAUUAACCAAGGCGAAGAGGAUACUAGAUUAAAUUCUGCUAAUUUUUUCGUGUUUGGUAAUAGUAAUUCUGCUCCGAGCAGCUUUCAUGCUGAAUUAGAGAAGCUGAAUUUGCAAACUCCUGUUGAUAAUAUUAAUACAGAAAGGGGAAACCAAGCCGUUGAGAGUGCUAAACUUAAUUCUAUUAAUCCUUUCAUGUCCCAUGAGUCUGGUCCUAGUAGCUUUCAAAAUGUAAUGGAAAAGUUGAAUUUGCAAAGUUCUGGUGAUGAUUUUGCUUCUCAAAAGAGAAACCAAGAUGAUGACUACACAAAACAUGAUCCUGUUGAUGUUUUUGUGUUUGGUGAAUGUUUUCCUAGUAAUCUUCAUGAUGAAAUGGAGAAGUUGAAUUUGCAAGAUUCAGGUGAUGAUAUAUCUUCCAAAAUCAGAAACCAAGCUGAUGAGAGUACAAAACACAAGAUGGCUAGUUCUUUUGUGUUUGUUAAUGACAAGUCUUCUUAGACUUCCUCUGGCUGUAGUCCUGUAAAUCCAUCAACUGAGAAGGAUAAUAAAGUGGAGAUUCAGAGAGAGCUAGAGUCAGAUAAUGUCAGGACUGUCUUCAAUUUCACAGGUAUGCCCGAGCAAGCAGGAAUUACACACAGAAUUUAGAAGUUCAAAAACUACAGAAGACCUAUUGAAGGAGACUUUAUUUUCUGGAUGAUGUCAAACAUUCAUUGGAAGGAAGGCUGAUUGUAAAGAUUUCAGAAUGAGAAAAAGAAAUAGUAAACUAAAAAAUAUCAUUCUACCACAUCAAACCUUUGCUCAAACAUUUUCCUCCAUUGAAGAAGUGUUUGAAAAUAAAUAUCCAGAUUCUGUUGAUUGUUGCUUAUCGAUGGAUUAUUCUCCUUAUCAAGAGAACUUAGUUGCUGUGCCAAGUUAAGAGAAGAUUCAGUACCAUCAGGUAAAUCCAAACAUGUUGCCUCAACCCAGGCAUCUAUCGAUACACAAAAAUCAAUCCGUUUAGAUGAAACUGAAUGCCUUAUUUCUACCACACAAAACUUGAAUAACACUGGAGAUGAUCCAACACAUGGUGAACUAAAUCAAAAUGAUUCCGUAGAUUAUUUAGACAGAGAAUUUGGUCUCAAAUAUUCAGAAAAAUUUGUUCCAAAGUCUGAAACUGAGUAUGUUGCUUGUGGAACUAGCAUUGCUGCAACAGAAAUUGAACCUCUAGGUGCUAGUCAGGGAGGAACAUGCUUUACUUCAAUUCUUCAGUAGAAGACUUUGAUGGUGAAAAUUUUAUGUUUGGUGCAUCAUCUUUUGAUUCAAAGUCCAUUGUCAGCUUCAAAGUAUCAACGCUGAAAGAAAAACAAGAUGAAAGUUGUUCAUGAGAUUUUAAAUCCUAUUUCAAAUUUUGCUCCCAUGGAUACAUCAAUGAAUAUUCUUCAAAUUCCCAGCAAGUCAAUGCAACCAAACCAUGCAAGAGUAAAAAAAAUGUGAGCAAUACUGGAGAUGGCACAAAUACCAGCCUCGAGGUCAAGAAAGAGUUCAUUAUUUCUGACCCUGGAAGAGUAGCAUAACAGGAAGCUUGUGAAAAGUGGAGACUUAGGGGUAAUCAAGCUUAUGCAGAAGGACAUCUUCUCGAAGCCGAAGAGUACUAUACACGAGGGCUGAACUCUAUCUUUUAGAAAGAAAAUAAUCAAAGCUGAAAUCAAGCAUUGAUGUUGUGCUAUAGUAAUCGUUCAGCUGCACGAAUUUCCCUUGGAAGAAUAAGAGAUGCUCUUAAUGACUGUAUGCUAGCUAUUACAAUAGAUUCCAGCUUCCUCCGGGCUCAAGUCAGGGUUGCAAGUUGCCAUCUCACACUGGGUGAAGUUGAUGAAGCAAUAAAAUUUUUUAAUGACUGCUUGCUCUCAAAACAUGAUGGGAAUCUGGAUGAAAAAAUAUUGACAGUCUUCUGAUGGACUUCAGAAAGCUCAGGUAGCACUUGAUCUAGUUCUUGUGCUGAUUACUUGGUCUUCUGAUAUAACAUGGCUGAUGUAUGGUUUCUAUUACAUGCAAAAUGACUUAUGAGAUUGCCUCAAUAACGGUUAAACCAGUAAGGACCUGCAGGAUCAGAAAGAUUUUGUGAUAUCUUUUGAGAAAAUG